UAUCGACAUAAUAUAUAUAUCAUUCUAUUAGUUAAAUUUCCUAUACAUACAUAUAUAUACCGCCUUGGACAUGCCAUCGCCGCUGUUGUCGCCGAUGGACAUGCCGCAGCCGAUGGAGAUAAAUGAGCUGGAAAAGAUGGAGGUGGAUCGACCUCAUAACUACGAUGAGCACAGGUACGAAAAGGUGGCGCGGCUCAUUAAUAAAGAAACAACGUCUUAUGAUGAUCUUGCGAGAGAGGUGGUUGGUGAAGCGUGUCGCGACACGGCGCCGUUGAACCUGAUGAUGGACUCAGUGCUCCACGAAGUGAUCGCCAAGAGGAAGACCCUCCUGACCGUCGCCAUCGUCGACCUUCCGGAUGCAUUGAACCACAGAAUUCUCCGCCACCAGAACUACUACGGCGACACGCCGCUGCACAUUGCGGCCGAGAUCGGCGACAGCAAAGUGGCGAAGGCCUUGUUAGAGAGGGACGGAAGCCUCGCGCACAAUAAGAACAAGAAGGGGGAGACGGCGCUGCACAAGGCGGUGCAGUUCGGGCACCUAGACGUGUUCAACAUCAUCAUCGAUGCGGGAGGCGACGAAAUGGCCUCCGUUCGGACCGGCGACGGAUCCACUAUCUUGCACUACGCCAUCAUGCACGACCAGACAGAGGAAGCUUUGGCCAUCGCAAAGAAAUUUCCGGACUUGAUACUGUCACGAAACGCUGGCGGGGCCUCCCCGUUACAAAUAAUGGCGGCCUUUUACAAAAAAUCAUCCAAAACCAAAACUCAUGAAACAUUGAUUUCUCACCUUUACGCCAGCUGUAUCGGGGAAGGAGUAGUAAAAUCAGAUGAAGAAAGUGGCAACAGAGACGGACAAAGCAGAGGAAAUUGGUGGUCGCACUUGCCAGGGUGGGGAAAAUGUUGGAUCGUCCAUGUGAUUAACAAUCUACGAAGAAUAAAGGUGAAAGAGAGAGAGGAGACGUCAAACCUCGCGGAGCUCCUGAAACAGUUAGUCCGGAACGAGGACUUCGGAUUCUACGUCAAGGGAUUCAUACCUCAAACAUCAGACUACCAUUCCGCGGGAGAUAGAGGAAGCCUUAUGAGGAACGUCUCGGGCAUUGAUACCGCUGAUCAUCUGUACGAGGUGAUGCGGGAGCUCGUGAAGAGUGCAAGCAGGCCGUCGGAUGACGAGGUGACGGAAGCGAGCGAUAGGAGGAUAUGGGAGGAGUCUCCGCUGAUCACCGGCGUCAAGUUCGGCCUCGACGAGUUCGUGAUCAAAAUCCUCCAAUGGAGCCCACGGUCGGCCACCUACGUCGGUUACGACGGCAUGAACGUGCUCCAGGCCGCCGUCAAGUAUCACCGGAGGCACGUCGUGCUGGCCAUCAAAGAGGACAAGCGGCUGCCGACGUGGUUGUUCACCGAUCUGGAGUCCGACACCAAGAACUCCCUUCUCCAUAUCGCAGCUUCCGGCAAUACCUUCAAGAAGGAAAUAAUGGUCGACCCCCUGCGCCUGCACGAUGAACUCGAAUGGUUUGAGAUGCUGGAAAAGAUCGUUCCUAAAGAGCUGUUGAACUACCGAAACAGAGGACAGAAGACUGCCCAGGAGGUGUUCGACGAGAAGCACAAGGAGAUGCUGAAGGACUGCAGGACGGAGCUGGUGGACAUUGGCCGGACCUGCGCCCCGCUGGUGGCGGCGGCGGUGUUCACCUCCAGUUUCUACAUCCCCGGCGAGAACAACCGGGAGAACAACCGACUGGCCUUCAAGAUCUUCUCACGCGUGUACGUGGUGGGCUUCUCCUGCGCCACCACCGCGCUGGUCCUGUACCUGCUGCUGAUGGUGAUGCCGUACAAGCAGCGGGACUUCCGGCGGGUGGUGCCGUUGAACUAUCUGAUGGCGAGCAUCUUGCUGACCAUGUCCCUGUCCACCUUCAGCAUCGCCUUCGCCUGCAACAUGUACAUGCAAAUCUACGGCAAUAAUAAGAAGACCUACGCUGACUUGGCGACGCUGAUGCUCGAGCUCCUCGUCGUUCCCUUCAUCUACUGCUUUGCUCACUUAUUCUGUGGAGGCAGUGGAGCCUUCUGGAGAGCUUGUUUAUUCCUUAAACGUCUCGCCAGGUAAUUAAUUAAUUCUAUGUUCUAUCUCAUUAAAUAAAUAUAUAUGAACUUGAUCAUAUAUAAUUCAUGAUUUAAUUUGUGUGUCAAAAACUUCUUGAUUUUGUACA